AUGGAUCCGACACUCGAAGCGCAGAAGGACACCACCCCAAUCUCCAGGAAAACGGUCUGGAAAGAUUCGGAGGUAGCUGCCCUAGCAGGUUUAGAACUCGAUCUGCAAGGGGUUCAGUUUCCCAACAAGUGUCUCGCCGAGCACUUCACCACCCGUACUCAUGCAGCUAUUGCUUGUGCCCGCAAGCAUCCCAGGUACAAAGCCAAACUGAAAGAACUCCGGGAACAGGCUGAAAAAGUCCUCCGGGCUCCGGAAGUAUCCGACCCAAUUGCACAUGCCAUGCAAGAGGUGAGGGCGGACCUCCCGCGAGAAGAAAUCCUGGACAUGCUAAAUAACGCUGGUCUUGACCAGCAACUGCUUGAGACGUACUUCUCGGGCCCCAUUGGAGCAGAGGACGUACUUGACAUACUGAAACAUCAUGGGCGGGAACCCAGAAAGAAGGGGAAACAGGGCCGCAAAACCCAAAACGAUCAUGCAGACAAGGGUCCCCAAAGCAGAUCGCAGUGGCGGCGCGCGCGCUACCGGCUGCACCAAAAGCUCUACUCCCUAGGCCCGGGGGUCUUGCGGGAUAGCUUUCUGGCCGAACAAACUACCGAGGGCCCGGCAGUUUCGCUUGACGAGUUGCAUGAGGUCUACGACCCCAUCUUCUCGGCGGAACCUCGACCGGUGGACAGAGACCUAUUCUCGGAGCAAAGGGCUCUGGUUCACUUCUGCCAACUGACCGAGGUAGAGGUGGAGUCGGCUAUCAGGUCCAUGAACGCUAAGUCCGCGAGUGGCCCGGACAACGUCACCCUGGACGACAUCAAACGCGUCCCAGCAGGAGUGUGGGCUAUGGUGUUCAACUCCUGGCUGCGAGACCACAAGGUACCACCGAGUUCAAGAACUCCAGAACAGUCUUCAUCCCUAAAGGGCCCUGCCGUAAGAAAGGAGGAGACUACAGGCCGAUUACCGUGGCUUCCCUGA